AUGGAUGCUUUAUCCUCUUGCUUAGAUGAUCAAGGGCACAAUUCCUUUAUUGGGAUUUAUAAGCAUAAUCUCAAGAUUAAUCAUCUCAUGUUUGCGGAUGACCUUCUGGUUUUUGGGUUAGCCACUAAUGAUAAUGCUUGUUACCUUAAAAGUAUUCUGAAUUGUUUUGCUGAUGCUUCAGGGCUUAAAAUUAACCCAAAUAAAAGUUCUUUGAUAUUUCCUAAAGGCUUUACUUCUGACAAUGGCAUUUCUUCCACUCUUGGUAUCUCUCGGAUUGAGGAUUACAUCUACUAUUUGGGACUUCCAAUCUCCACCUCUAGACUUCAUUUUGCUCACUUCCAACCCCUAUUGAGUAAGAUUUCUUCUCUUCUUGAGGGUUGGAAAGUCAAGUUUCUCUCUUUUGCAGGUCAUUUACAAUUCUUAAAGUUCACUAUUGCAAACACCAUUGCCUACUGGAUUCGUGGUGCAAUCAUACCCAAAGCAUGUCGUAAAGCUAUCUCGAGAAUUUGUUCUAAAUUCUUAUUUUUUGGCAACAUAAAUGAUAAGAAACUUCAUCUUAUUUCGUGGAAAUCUGUGGUUGUGCCUAAAUGCAAAGGGGGCUUGGGACUUCCUUCCUUUGACCUGCUUUAUCAUAACAUGGCCUGUUCAUUCAUUUUCAGGAUGUUUAAUCACAACAAUUUAAUUGGGGCUUGGUUCAGGAGAAAAUAUGACUCCCCUUGGAAAUCUCCUCCUAUGUUUGCCUCCAAGUUCUGGAAAUUAUUUUGUCAAGUGGCUUUUUCUAUGCUUCCCUCUGUCUCUCUUUUGGUUCACAACAACUGUAAUUUGUCUUUCCUAUGGGAUCCGUGGUGUAAUGCUAAACCUAUUGCUGAGAGGUUUUAUUCUAAUAGGCUGAAUCAUAAACCUUUACAUGUGUUUAUUAGAGACGGUCAAUGGGAUUUGCCGGAUUAUGUUUCCAGGGAGAUUGCUUCUGAUAUUUUAAACACGGUUAUUUUGGGGGAGCAACCAGUGUUAUCUUGGGAGGGCUCCCCCAAACCUGUUGCUUGGAAACUCACGGCUAAAUUUUAUGAUGAUUUGGAUUAUGUGGAUUGGCAUAAGUAUAUCUGGCAUAAAGGCUGUGCUUUACAGUUUGCUUGUUUUUCCUGGAUGUCUAUGUUAGGAAAGCUCAAAACUGCUGAUAAUCUUGCUAUUAGGGGCAUUCCCGUUUUUUCUGGGCCUAACUUGAUGCAAGUUUAUGAUGCUCUGGAUAAUUGCCGGGAUUUUGGUAUGAUGGAAAAACAAUUCAGUUUCAUUAAUGUUGCUGCUAUUAUAUAUUUUCUCUGGAGGGAGAGGAACAACCGGAGGUUUGCUAAUGUUUGGAGAAGUCCUAAUGAGCUUAAGGCUGUUAUAAUUCAAGCUAUUCGUGCGAAAGUUAAGAGGUGGAAUUGUCAUGAUGUUUUGGUUUUUCUGUUGGAAGCUGCUACUUCUUGUAAAUGGUUUUUGGCAGCUGGAGGAUUAUAUCUUCUUCUGGAGAUAUAUUUUUGGGUCUCUAUUCACGUUCUACAAGAUUUGGAUUUUUGGGACGAUGAUGAGCCAUGGUCUACUUCAUUCCAGCUUCCUUGGAUGGCCCUUGGCAACCAGGCUUUAUACUUAUCAUUGGGACGCUGUGAUGGUCUGUCGUCUUCACCCCAGGCAACCGGUGUCUCGUUUGCUGGAUUCUGGCUAUUGGCCGAACUGACGCCUUUGUUGUAG